AUGGAUGCGACACGAUCAGCUGAAAAGCCGAUUUAUUACUUGAGGCAGACACUAUUUUCUUCGCCAUUAGUUUCCCAAUUCUUUCACAACUUUAACGUUAGAAUUACCCCGUGUGAUGAUAUGCGGUAUCAGAAUACACCAACUGAUGUAUCCAAAGGGAUUGUUGAGAAGCGUUUGAUGACGCCCUUUCUGUGGCAAGAGUUGACUGAACCCACUGAAUCUAUGGAUACAUUUAUGGAUGAGGGUGAUGAUGAAAUUGUUGAGGAUUUGGCGUCCGAUGGUAAAAUAGCCGAUGAAACACAGGCUCCGGAUAUUACUGAAAACCAUCAAAACAAACAAGAAAUUUUAAUCAAUCGGGAUACUGCUAAAGACGAUAGAUAUGUUUAUGUUGAUGUAGAAGUUCAUCCAACAUCCAUACAAUUAAAUCGAGGAAAGAAGUUUAAUCUUCAUUGCAAAAUACUUUCAGCGGCAAUUCUUCCGGGCUGUCUGAAGAGUAAAGGAGAGGAUUCGCUUAUACUAAUUCUUGAAACACGACUUUUACUAAUUAUUAGAAUGCAUAUAACAAAUAUGGGAGACUUGGAGCCUGUCAUUGUUCAAAGAUUGUCUUUAGCACGAGAUGAAAAUAAUAAUAAAUUAACGCAAUUGGGUUUCAGUGUUACUUGUAAUAAUUUAGGAACAUUUAUAUCUGUUUCGGCGUUUUCAAAGGUUAUUAAAGUUUAUGAAGUUGAAUAUGAUAUUGAUGGAAUUCCAAAUAUUUUAGAAUCUAUGAAUAUUCUAAUUGAUGGUAUAAUUUUAAAGCAUUGCUUUCUUUCAUCUACAACUUCUGCAUAUGCAGCAAUGUUAUGUUUAACACUAGAUGAUUCAAAUAUACUUCAUCUUCAACUUAAUGAACUUGGUUUGGGUAACCGGCAUAGAAGCAUUUUGAUCAAAUCGUAUACAAUUGCACUAUCAGUCAAAUUUGAAAUGCCUGACUUUAUAGUACCUCUACCCCGCACCGGAGGUGUACUAUUUAUUCAGAGAUCGCAGCUUUCUGUCAAGAGUCUAAAUUUUUUUUUUUCAAGAGAGGAUUUUGAGUCGCAAACAUUGCAGUAUCCGCUAAAUUUGGCAGAUACUCCUGCAACAUGCUAUUAUAUCCCUAAGUCAAAAAUCACCUGCUUACGUUCUGAGGAAUACAAUGAUGACAGUAUGAUAAUGGAUCAGGUGCUUAUUUCAUAUAAAUCACAUAAGAUGUUCCUCUUGGAUGUGUUUUAUAUGAAAAGAAAAUGUGAAUGGAAGCUCAGAUUCAACAAGCUUUUUGUACAAGGAGCAGUGUAUUCGUUUUUUUCUCUGGAAGAAAUAACUGAACAACAAUAUGAUCUUACCUAUUUUAAUGAUGAUGGAGUUUCUGUGAACAAGUUAAUCAGUCUCGUUCCGCGUAAGAAUGGGAAACCUGGCUUUGGCUGCAGUGUUUUAAAUGAAGAAAAGUACGGAACAAAUUGGCAUCCAUUGUAUGACUUUACUGUUGUACCAUCACUAUAUUCUAGAUAUUGUGAUUUCCUGACUACAGAAGAACUCUGGUGUUUGGGAAGAAGAUUUCAGAAGGGAUCUUUGUUCCAUCUUCAUGUUGGGCUUGCUGCCACAGGCAAUUGUAUCAGUAGACUUUUUGAAAACUCAAGUCGACUUUAUAAAUACGAGGAACAAGGUGAAAUAUUUUAUAUUGCAUCAUCUUUAAAUAAUUCCAUUGUAUUUCGUUAUAGCUCUUCCAAAUUUGCCGAAGAGUAUAAAAGCAAGGAUUCAAGUUCUCCAUUAGACAUAUGCAAUAAUUUAUAUGUUCCCAAGCAAACAAUACACUUUGGAAGACUAGAACAUGAUCGGUUUAUUCAGGUAUUUAGUGACGGCUGGAGGAUAGGUAAAUUCUCCUGCGGUACUUGUUUUAAUGUUCUAAAAUCUUCAUUUAGGAUUACUCUAGCUUCAUCUUUAGACUCAUUUGUUGCUCUAACUUACGAGAAGUCUGUUGGAAAUAAAUUGAUGGUUGAUAUUCAAUGUUUUAAAAUUGACGCAGAAAAUAACACAAGUCCAAUUUUACUUUCAUUGCCGAACAAUAUUUAUGGGCAGCCCUCAAUGCUAGAAUUUGUCUGCUUUAAUUCCAAAAUUAUCCUGUUUAUUGGUCUUACAAAUGGAGAGUUGAUAUCUCUCUGUUGGAACGAGUCAAUGGUGCGUUUUUCAAUUUUGGACAGACUUGAUUUAAAUACAAAGCCAGGCAUUUGCAUUACUCCAGUAAUUCCUUAUUCCUUAAACACAAUAAAUAAAAAAAUGAUUCUUAUAACCACAAUUGAUGGGCAAUGUUUGGUCCUGGAAGUUGAUGUGCAUCUGAAAAAUGUUGCUAUUGUAUCCAGGCUUAAGUUAGGUCACGGCCCUGUGAAUAUCACUAGAAUUAAUAAACAAAAGUUUAUAUUAGCAUGUGGAUCAUUGUGGAAAGUGGAUUAUGGCCAAUGCUGUUAUCCCACAGAGAUUGUUGAACAUGGAUGGAGCAGAAGAUGUUACCGAGAUUGUGUUCCGAUUCCGCAGAAUUCUGAGAGAAUGUGUGAGGACUUCAUAGAAAAAGCUGAAAUGUUUUUGGUACUAGGUAGGAAUGGACUUAAUGAAUUGUUUCUUUCUGAUUUCAAAUCAGUCCAGGCCGAAAAAAUUCCUCUUGGAGUAACCGGUAUCAAAUUAGAAUAUUAUAAGCAUUUGCGUAUGUUUAUCGUUAUACCUUCAGCAACCAAUUCAAGGAAUGAUGAUAAAUUGAUAUUUAUAGAUCAUAAGUCUCGAAAGAUGAUGUCCAGUAAUGUGGCAGCGAUUAACCUCUUUCAAGAAGAUGAGUAUCCGGUUUCAUUGUUUGAAUGGAAAGUUGAUUCAAGAUCUUCAAACACAAAAAAGCAUCACCUUCUCCUAAUUGGAUGUAAAAGGAGUAAUUACGGUUCUAUAAAAAUAGUGGAAGUAAGAAAGGCAUCCGGAACUGUUUCACUGAAAAUUCUGAAUAGCUGGAAGGAAGAUUUUCCAAUACUUGCGUUAAAUCAAUUAAAUGAUUCAACCAUAGUUUAUGGCUGUGGUAACUCCCUUCAAAUAAAAAAGUAUGACCCUGUGGCUUGUCAUAUGGCUGCUACAGUUAAUAUUGCGAAACUUCUUUCAAAUAUCAAAUAUAUCACUAUUAAUCAACGAUCUAACCUUGAAGAAAUUAUCGUUAACACGGAAAAGGAUUCAUUUUCUCGAUUUCUUCUGAGAGCUGAUGGUACCGUUAAAGCCUUGCAAUCGGAUUUUGUUUCGAGACGUUUGGCCGCUAAAUAUGUUGUUCAUGCUUCUGCUUCGGGAGAUCCAUUAAUUACAAUUGCAGAUAAGCAAUAUCCUAAUAUUCUUUCAAUAAAACUUACGGACUAUAAUGCGCAAGGGAAUUCAUCGGCAGUCAAAGCACAAGCACGCAUUCCGUACAUCCCCCGCAUACUGUCAUGCGACUUUACACCAAUCUGGAUGAAAGAUUAUGAUAGAUCAAUAAAGAAUUGUACAAUUUUGGGAAAAUUUUUAUCCGUGGGUCUUGCCGGUGAAGCAAGUUUAUUCACGAUGGUCCAAGGUCAUACUAUUGAAAAAUUGUACGAAAAGGAACGAGUUCAGUAUGAAAAUUCUUCGCGGCAAAGGUUUUUAACCCUUCAGACGUUCUGUCCUCUGGAUUUUGGUAAUAAUCCCUUUUCAGAAGCAGGUAAUAUUAAUGUUGUUGAUGCUGAUACAUGUUUAAGUAAAACAUACCUGACAGAAAACCCUGAUAUAGCUUGGUUGCUACACUCCUCACUGGUUUGA